CAUUAUCCGGAAAGAAUAUUCCCACCUUGUACAACAACCGAAAAGCAAAGGAGAAUUGAACAAAAGGGCGUUGAUUUGAACAUCGUAUUCCGUGCGAUUUCUCAAAUUUCGGUUUUCCUUUGAGAGUAAUUUGUUUUUUUUUUCCAUGGCUAUCUCUACAUCCUUUUGCCGGCCCAUUUCAUCUUUCAAUGCUAUCUCUUCGCCGUCUCUCUAUUUCUUCAAACCCCUACACCACCACUUCAAACUUGAUGACUCUUUUCAUUCUUUGGUCGUAAAAUGUUGUUCGUCUCACAUGGGCAAAUCUCCAGACCACUUGAAUGGCAGGAAACCAGAGUUAUCUCCUAUAGCUUCUUUUGGUGUCACGAUCACAGAUAAUGGGACUUCUAAACCAUCAUAUAGAUGGCGUAGAGUGCUGCUUAAAGUUAGUGGUGAGGCACUAGCAGGAGAUCAAGCACAAAACAUUGAUCCCAAGAUCACAAUGGCCAUCGCAAGGGAGGUGGCAGCUGUCACUCGUCUUGGAAUUGAGGUUGCAAUAGUGGUUGGUGGAGGUAAUAUUUUUCGUGGAUCCUCCUGGGCAGGAAGCAGUGGACUGGAUCGUUCAUCUGCUGAUUAUAUUGGGAUGUUGGCAACUGUUAUGAAUGCAAUAUUCUUACAAGCUACAAUGGAGAGCAUUGGAAUCCCUACAAGAGUCCAGACUGCAUUUCGAAUGUCGGAAGUUGCUGAACCAUAUAUCCGUAGAAGGGCUGUUAGGCAUCUCGAGAAAGGGAGGGUAGUAAUUUUUGCAGCAGGAACUGGGAAUCCCUUCUUCACAACAGACACUGCUGCAGCUUUGCGUUGUGCAGAGAUUAAUGCUGAGGUGGUGUUGAAGGCAACCAACGUUGAUGGAGUCUAUGAUGAUAACCCUAGGCAUAAUCCUGACGCUCGACUUCAGGAUAACCUGACUUACCAUGAUGUAAUUUCUAAGGAGCUCUCCGUGAUGGACCUGACUGCAAUAACUUUGUGCCAAGAAAACAACAUUCCAGUUGUCGUUUUUAAUCUCAAUAAACCAGGUAACAUUGCUAAAGCCAUUAAAGGAGAGAUGGUUGGCACAUUAAUUGGUGACACAUGGAAUACUGAAGCUGCAGUGUCUUAAGAGGAAUAAAGAAAAGAGAUUGUUCCAAGAACUUGGCACUCAAAGUGUUGAAGGAAUGGAGUGCGCUCUCUUUACAGAAAGCCAUGGAUAUAAGCAUAUAAUAUCCCGGAAUUCAUCAUAAAUUCUGAUGCUGGAUACAUGUUAGUGGGUACUAGAAGUUCUUCUCCCUAGGAAUUUUCAUAGCUUUUCUUUGAAGUGCAAAACUAGGUAGCCAAGAGUUACUUUUUUCGACGGUAUUGCUCCUUUAUGUUCUACAUUUCUCUUCUUGCCCCUAACAUAUUCACCCACUCACAGCCGCUCACCCAUCCAAACCCAAUACUUUUAGGGGUCAUUUGUUUUGCAGUAUAAGAAAAUAUAAUCUAUGUAUAAAAUUAUUUAUUACUUAUA